UUUUACACGCAAUGUUAAUGGAGGACCAGUGCAAGGAAGUAAACAAACUAUAUGACCUGAGAAAUAUAAUUUCCAAACGUCAUUUCAUUGCAACCCCAUGAAAAUGAAGGAAAAAUGCAGGGUUUGCUUGCUGAAGCACCAGAACAUGGUGCACAUAUUUAAGGGUCAAAAUACACAGGAUCUCGAAAUAUCCUUAGCAGAUAUGAUUUCGGAAUCAACCGGCUUUCCAGUUGCCAAAGGGGACCGUCUUCCGGAAUUCAUUUGUGUGCUUUGCCUGCAGGAUAUGACAAGCACAUUCAGGGCCAGGGAAACCUGCGAGACCAACCAGCAGCUCGUCUGCCAAAUCAAGGAGGAAAUCAUAGAGGAGGAUUUUGUGGAGGAUGAGGAUUACAAUGGACAGGACUGCGAGUCGUAUUAUGAAGAGGAAACCGAUCACUUUGCGUGCCACGUGAAGAACGAACCCUUAGAAGAAGACUUUGCAGAGGAAGACAUGGCCAAUACUUUAGACAGCCCAAUAGACCAUUACAAUGAAGAAUGUAAUGAUGAAAACACCGAAGUGGAAGCUAGUAAUAAUAUAAAGGAUAUUGAUUAUGACCCUACCAAAGAAGAACUUCCAUUCAAAUGUGAUCGUUGUCCCAAGAGGUUUCGGAGCAAGUAUUUUCUUAAUCUCCACAGAAACGAUCACAAGAAAAAACAGGCACCGCAGAACUGUGACCACUGCUCCAAAUCCUUUCCUACUUCAGCACAAAUGAGGAAGCACAUGCUGACUCACACCGGUGUUAGGACAUAUAAAUGUCCGCAGUGUCCCAAAUCCUUUUUCAAUAGUUCCAAUCUUCAAUCACACCUUCGUAUUCAUACUGGGGAGCGACCAUUCAAGUGCUCUAAAUGUCCUAAGUCGUUUAUACAAAGAACCCAUCUUGUUAAUCACGACCGCACUCACACCGGAGAACGACCCUUCAAGUGUUCCGAAUGCCACAAGACUUUUAUACAACCUGCUAAUCUUCAUUCGCACAUCAAAACUCACUGCAAGCAAAUAUCCAGACCUCGGAGAAGCACAAGAGCCAGGAGCCAAACUCUGACAGAGGAACCAAUUUUCAAUUGCUCCCAUUGCCCUCAGUCCUUUGCCAACGAAGAUGCUCUCCUUAAUCACAUGCACACUCACAACGCCUUGUUCGAGGAAGAAGUUUGCCAGAUGUCCGACAACGAAACCGAUCCAUUCCAAGACAUCGAAGUGGAUAUAUUCGAGGACAAUGAUAAGGAUGUUAAGCUAGAAAAUCCGGAGGACGCAGCAGACAACAGCAAUGAUGACCAAGUUCCUGUGUUUAGAUGUAUUCAUUGUCCAAAGGUGUGCUGGCGCAGUCAUGAUCUUAAGGCCCACUUAAGAAAUCAUUAUGAGGAACCAAAAGCGUGUCCCCACUGCCCGAAAACUUUCAGUAUCGUAUCGACCUUUAAGAGACAUAUGCGGACUCACACGAAGGAAAAAAAGUUUGCGUGCGCCUAUUGUCCAAAGGUCUUCAGAAAUCCGGCGCAGCUUAAAGAGCACACUCGAACUCACACCGGAGAACGGCCUUAUCAAUGCCCGGAUUGCCUGCAGUCAUUUGCCUAUAAUUCCGUUCUGAAAAAACACAUGCGUACUCACACUGGCGAAAGGCCGUUCUGGUGUAACGAAUGCAACAAAUCGUAUGUGCAAUUGGAUCAUCUUAAGCAGCACAUGCUUAGGAACCACACAGAACAAAUCUCCACUAAAAAAGAUGACCCACAGUACAAGUGUAGCGAUUGCUUGAAGACAUAUCAAAACCCAAGAUCGCUUAGGAGACACAUGUUGAUUCACACCAGGAAAAAAGAAUAUAAUUGCACCGAUUGCUCAGAGUGCUUUAUAGGAAAAGAAGCCUAUACAAAUCACGUAUUGAUUGAACACACCAAAAAAGAAUUCGUCAGUAAGGCUCAGGAACACACGCAUAAUUGCCUACUCUGCCCAAAAACGUUUUCAAAUGAUGAAAAUCUUAAAGUCCAUACUCUCACACACUGUGUGAAAAAGCGCCUUACAUGCUCACAUUGUCCGGAAACGUUUGCGAACAAACAAACUCUUAGAAUGCACAUACGCAUUCACACGGGGGAAAAGCCCUAUGGCUGUACCAAGUGCAAAAGAACCUUUUCAAGAAGCGACUACCUUGUCAAGCACAUCAGUAGACGCCAUGAGAAGAAACCUUCGGAACCAGAACCACCCAUAUGCGAGAUUACCAUAGAGGAGGAGAAUCUCAGUGCGCUCGAAGAACUUUAAAAAUCCACUGGGUUUGGUGUUACAUUUAAGGGUAAUUUACUUAAUAUAAGUAAAUAAAUAUGUUACUAUGUUUUAAA